ACGGCAUUCGGCGUGGCCGGUUUGUGACUUUUCUCUGAAAUUGAUCAAAACAGUGGAGCAAAGAUGACGUGCACGUCUACGAUUUUCCCAAUUUUCAUCAAUUUCCUGUUGCUUCUUAGUCAAAUUGAAGGAAAGAAGACGCAGUUUGUGACAUGUGGCUCGGUGAUUAAGCUUUUCAACACGGACUAUAAAGUUCGAUUACAUUCUCACGAUGUGAAAUAUGGAUCGGGAAGUGGACAGCAAUCUGUCACAGGAACUGAAGUUCAGGAAGAUGUCAACUCCCACUGGGUCAUUAAAGCCGCCACCGGAAAGAUCUGCUCGAGAGGAGAGCCCAUUGGUUGCGGAUCAGUGAUUCGCUUGGAACAUGUGUCAACCAAGAAGAAUCUCCACUCACAUCACUUUCCAUCGCCACUCUCCUCUAACCAAGAAAUAUCUGCUUACGGAGACAAUUCCGGUGAAGGAGACACUGGCGAUCACUGGACUGUGAUUUGCAAAGGCGACAGUUGGCUUCGGGAUGACUCGAUAAUGCUCAAGCACAUGGACACUGACGUCUACCUUUCGGUCACGGGACGAAGUUACGGGCGUCCAAUCAAUGGUCAGUUGGAGGUGGUUGGGGUGACGUCGCCCUCAAGCAGUCAUUGGCAGGCAGCCGAGGGACUUUUCAUCCACCCGAGUGAUUUCCAAGUAAAAUCUCAUAGUUACGCACACACCGAGUUGUAAUCCAAAGAUACCAGGGCUUUCCCCGAUGUUUUUUAACACUUGCUCUGUUCAAUAAUUUAUUUCGACUAGCAAAAUGUUCUUUUCCGAAAUGGAGGGAAUUGAUUGAGUGAAUAUUGUGCAAAUGCGUGUGAAUAGAAUAGUUGGCACAGCUUUCAAUUAGGUUCGAAAGUUCAAAAUAUUUCCCAAAAAAAUUAAUUCAACCAUCUCUGUGUUAUGUGAUAAAUGUAUAAUGCGAAUUUGAUUUACUUGAGUCAAGUAAAGAAACCUAUUAAAGUCUUAAAGCCAAUUGAGUUUUAUGUUCUAAUAAGUUG